UUCACUCGUGUAUGCGUUCGUUGCGUUAACGUGAAGUCCACCGUGUUUCAGAAUCAUGUUUUGCCCUCGACAUGGAGUGGAGAACAGUAGCAUUAACGGUGUUGAUAGUGAGCCUAUGCUUUCUGGCAAUACCGAUCAGAAUCGGGAAGGAUACCAGUGGCGAGGAUGUUAAGCUUUUUAAGAGCUAUAUCACGGAGUAUAAUAAAUCUUACCGAUACGAUCCCGAAGAAUACGAGGAAAGGUUCAAGCGAUUUCAGAGAUCGUUGCGGCACAUAGAAAAAAUGAAUGGCCUUCGAUCGUCACAGGAGAGCGCCUAUUACGGGCUUACCGCAUACUCCGAUAUGACAGAAGAUGAAUUUCUCACCCAAACUCUCGUCCCAGACCUCUCUAAAAGAGGAGGAAGACACGUGAACGCGUCCUAUCAUCAAUGCCACCGUCAGUGGCAGAUGACCAAUAGAGUGACAAGAUCGACCGGCAUACCGUUGAAAUUCGAUUGGCGUGAAAGAGGGGUGGUUGGCCCCGUGCGGAGUCAAGGGACUUGUGGCGCCUGUUGGGCCUUCAGCACCGUCGAAGUAGCGGAGUCGAUGUUCACGAUUAAAAAUGGCACCUUCUACUCGCUGAGCGUCCAAGAAAUGAUCGACUGCGCGAGGAACAGUAAUUUUGGCUGCGAAGGAGGAGACAUUUGCAGCUUGCUCUCGUGGCUGCUGCUCACGAAAGCGAGGAUACUUCUUGAAUCCACGUACCCACUCACGCGAAAGACGGGUACGUGCAUGCUGGGGAAGACGCUGGACAACGGGCCGAGUAUGAGAAUAAGAGACUUCACGUGUGAUAGUUUCGUAGAUGCGGAGGAUGAGCUGUUGGAGACACUGGCCACACACGGACCGGUCGCGGCAGCGGUCAACGCUUUGUCAUGGCAAAAUUACUUGGGCGGAGUGAUACAGUACCACUGCGACGGUUCCUUCGAGAGCUUGAACCAUGCUGUACAAAUCAUCGGUUACGACAAGUCGGACAAAAUACCUCAUUAUAUUAUUAAGAAUUCGUGGGGCACGAGCUUCGGUGAUAAAGGCUACAUGUACAUAGCGAUAGGCAGUAAUUUAUGCGGUAUAGCGAAUCAGGUCUCAUCGUUGGAUGUUUUGUAAGGCGUGGCAGAUAAGAUAGGAAUAAAGGACAUUACGCU